CCGGCCCAUAUAUUUAUCUCUCUAGGGUUUAGAUCUUUUAUUUUAAAUUGAUCGAUGAACUCGAAAGUUAGGGUUUUGACACACUUCUCUUCUUCUGCAAAUUGAUUUUGUUGCCUCCAUAGCCACACCGUUCUCACACAGCAUUUUCCUUGCUUUUCCCAGCUUUCUUCCUUAUCUGUAUCCAUUCCUCUUUCGAUUUCGCCAUGGCUGAAGCUGUUCAAGAACCUGCUGUAGUUUCAGAUCCUUCCCUGAUCGAAGUCAAACUCUUUAACCGCUGGAGCUUCGAUGACAUUCAGGUUUCUGAUGUGUCUCUGAGUGAUUACAUUGGAGUUUCGGCAUCAAAGCAUGCGACAUAUGUUCCACAUACUGCUGGUAGAUAUUCUGUCAAAAGGUUCAGGAAAGCGCAGUGUCCCAUUGUUGAGAGGCUUACCAACACUCUCAUGAUGCACGGGAGGAACAAUGGAAAAAAGCUUAAGACGGUUGGAAUCAUGAGGCACGCCAUGGAGAUUAUUCACUUGCUUACUGAUCAGAACCCAAUUCAGGUUAUUGUUGAUGCUGUUAUCAACAGUGGUCCUCGUGAAGAUGCAACCCGAAUUGGUUCUGCUGGAGUUGUGAGAAGACAGGCUGUGGAUAUCUCACCCCUUCGCCGUGUUAAUCAAGCCAUCUAUCUUCUAAUUACCGGAGCACGUGAAGCUGCUUUCAGAAAUAUUAAGACAAUUGCUGAGUGUCUGGCUGAUGAACUUAUUAAUGCAGCCAAAGGUUCCUCUAACAGUUAUGCGAUCAAGAAAAAAGAUGAAAUUGAAAGAGUAGCUAAGGCUAAUCGUUAAGCAGCACAUUGCAGCGAUAUUUUUGACCUUAGAUUUUGUUUUAUCGCACAUUACCUUAUUUAAUGAUGUUUUAUGGAUUUAGUUUCCUGGCUUUUUGCUUGUGCACAUACUAUGAGUAAUUUUGUUCAUUAAAGUUGAAAUGUUUUGAAUACCA